UAAAAAAGUAAGAUGGGUUGAUGAGCAAAAGUUGAUAUAUAUUUUGUGAAAUAUUUGUUUAAUACUCUUUUUAGAACACAUUAUACUUUUUUUGUAAGAUGUACUAGCAUUUCACCACCUUUUGAGCACUCGUUUAAGAUGCUACCCACGGCAGGCAUUUCCCAGCCGAAUCCCUUUGCCAAUAACAGCCAAUUAGAAAUAAAAUAAAAAUAAAAACAUAGUACCGCUUUCCGAAGAAGCUUGGAAAAAAUGGGAGACGAAGAAGCGAAGAAGAAUGAGGCUUUGCAGAUCAUCGCUCAGUACACACCCCUUCCCCGGUUAUUCGUCUUCGAUCUCGAUUACACUCUUUGGCCACUUUACUGCGAGUUCAACGAGGACGACGACAAGCCGCGUUUGUACGCAGAAUCUUCCCUCGUAUUGCAUGCACUCAAGGACAAGGGAAUCGACCUCGCCGUUGCCUCUAGAACACCUACUCCUAAAGUUGCUUCUGCCUUUCUUAAAACAUUGGCUAUUGACUCCAUCUUUCUCGCAAAGGAGAUUUACCCGAGUUCGACUCACAAAACCAAACAUUUCCAGGAAAUUCAUAAGAAAACUGGCGUACCCUUUACUUCAAUGCUGUUUUUUGAUGACGAGGACAGGAAUAUUCGCGCGGUGUCGAAAAUGGGUGCGACAUGCAUUUUGGUUGAGAAUGGGGUGAACCUUGGAGCUUUGAGGCAAGGAUUAAUGAAGUUUUCUCAGACUCUCACGCAAGUUGUAAUUUAUAUAUAACUGAAGUCUCUUUAGGAUCAUCAUUCUUUCUAGCUUAAUGGGGAGCCUUUUUCACACCACCAUAAAGCGCCAUAAUAUGUAUGUGGUACACUUUUCAUAUUUCCAUUGCUGAGUCAAAUGCAUAAUUUUGAUUUAAGCAAUAUGAUAUCGAUGUAUCAAUGCAUCUUUACAAAAUCU